AUGGCAAUAAAAAGAAUACCAUCUCAAACUGCUGUUACUAUCACCUCCUCAUCUGCUGUCUUUUCUCCAGUAGCUGUCAUAAAAGAACUAAUAGAUAACUCCAUCGAUGCCUCUGCAACAACCAUAACUAUCGAAUACGAUUCAAAUUCUGCUGGUUUAAAUUACCUAUCGGUAAAGGAUAAUGGCAAAGGUGUACCGAAAUUUGAUAGACAACUAAUGUGCUGCAAUUCAACAACCUCAAAAAUAUCAAAUUACAACGACAUCCAUUUGUCAAUAAACACUCUAGGCUUUAGAGGUGAAGCUCUCUUUUUUAUAACUCAAUUAGCCUCGAAUCUAUCUAUAACUUCCAAAACAUCCUCUGAUUCAACUGCUCAAUCUUGGUCAGUUGAUAUAUCCGGUCUUCCAAUUCAAAACUCUUUCAAGAAUACAGCUGCUUCAAAUGGCACCUCAAUCAUUGUCAAAAAUCUAUUCAAUAAACUACCUGUAAGGAAAAAAUUCUUUCAAAAGAAGACCCCUUCCUUAAUUGAAAAUCUAAAAAACUUAAUCAUAAACUACAGUUUAAUA